CGAAAGGGUGUUUGCGACUGCCUAUUGAGAAUAUCAAGAUUUGGUGGUGUGACUGCUGUAUUGUGAUGAGUUCAGCCACUACAACUUGGCCACGAACGAGUGGACGAGUGGUGUUAUGUCAUAAAGCGGUUGACGAAUCAAAAGGCAAUACCAGACUUGGUUCCUUGCGUUUCCCUGUUUUUGCAUCGAUUUUUGAGCUCCAGACAACGCAAUAAAAUUCCACAUUCAAGGGCUGAGAAAAGCUGGAUAUAUCUUGCAUCUUCCCAAACAUAAACUCAAAUUUGUCCACCAAAAGCGCGGAGUAAUCACCAACAGGAUCAACCCUCAUCCUCUGAUAACAUCGCCGCAAGUCAACAACAACUCUCAAUUUCCAAAACAGGCAAUCAUCUCAAAAAUGAAGACCGGAUUCUUUCACCAUAUCGGCACAUUCUUGCUGUUUGCUGCCACUAUUCUCCUCUUAAUUACCUCAAUCUCAGCGCCAGUCAUCAACUCGAUCGCGCUAUUGAGAGUGAGACUUGAUAAUGGAGGAUUGGUUGAGUUUGGUAGUUGGGGUUAUUGCUUGCAAGGCUCGGACGACUCGUAUGUUUUUUUCUGGUUCCUAUCAUGAAUUUCACAGGAAAGCUAACAACUCAAACAGAUUUAGAGCAAGGUUCAAUUUCAAUGACGGAGAUCAAUGCACAGGAAAGCACAUUGGUUAUAACCCAGCUGAAUUUGUGCAAUCUCUCGACAACACCCAAUACAACAGAGCCCAGAUCGAUACUACAAAAGCACUUACACGCGUGAUGGUUCUCCACCCAGUCGCAUGCGCUCUUGCAUUCAUCGCCUUCCUCUUCGCAGCAGGCUCUGGCUUUUGCGGAGCAAUCUUUGGUGCUGUCACCGCGACAGUUGCCUGGAUCGUUACACUUGUGGUGAUGGCCACUGAUUUUGUCUUGUUUGGAAUUAUCAAGAACCACAUCAACGACGAUGGCAGCGGAAGUCACGCAUACUUCCAUACUGCCAUGUGGACCCUCUUGGCUGCAUUCAUCUGUCUAUUCUUCGGAACACUCAUCGUCUUCUUCACAUGCUGUUCUUCGAGAAUGCACAGACAAAACCAUGUCGCAGUAAAGCAUGAGACAGGGUACGCACACGGUACACCGGUACGAAAGAGACAUUUCUGGCAACGCCGAACUACCAGAUACUAGAUGCUUCGUCGACGAGAAGAAGGCGGGAAACGAGGAGAACUUGACAAAGACACGCACCAGGCAUGAGUGUGAAUGUGAGAGUGGGGUUAAUAUUGGGGAAUGGACUUGUACAAUUCAAAAAUGACUGGUGUUGAACCGGAGCGGGAAUGCGUGUUUUUACGAGAUACCAUGGAUUUCCUUUUUACUUAAUGUUUUUUACUGCUAGCGCUAUGAUACCAACUGAGCACUUAAUUCCAAACAAAAUUCAAACAACAAGGCUUGCAACUCGCAUGAAUUUGUCAAACAGAUGAAAUAUUAGCAAUUGUUAGUGUUGACAUCCUAUGUUUUCAUCAUACCAACAAUUCUCGAAUAGUACAUGACCAUAAUCCGAAAGUUGUUCGCACAAUGAAUGAAUAGAUGUUCCCAACUUCUCCCUAACCUUACAUAAGGUUGUGAGCAGUAGAGUUCCGACCCUAUUCAUUUAAACCUCUUCGUAGACUUUGCAAGGCACAGUGUGCUUGAAAUAUAACAAGAGUCUGGACAAAGAAUUUGGCAAGAAAGAACCUCGAUGGGCCGUCGU